AAUGACCGUGCUCUUAUCCGAUAUCUGGUAUCUUUCCGGUCGUUGUUUGUGGAGGUCGUGGCCUUGUUGCGAAGUUUUGCACGUUGUUUGGAUUGAUGGAAGUAGCCAUGAGGGGUGGCGCAGUAGCGAGGCAGUGGGGGAUAAGAACAGCAUGUUUUCCAUGCUCUCAAGAUAUCGUACUGAUAGAAGAGAAAACUUGAGAAUAACGACACCUUCAUGUAAGACACCAAGCUCCUAUCUCUUAGAUAUAAAUGAUUUUCAAAGCUAUGAAACUAGAUAUCGACGAAGGGGAUGUCAAGCAUAUGAAGAUACUUUUGUUACAUUGGUGUUUGUGUGUUGA